AUUUCUUCCGGGUUAAUGGCUGCGUGGAGCGUGAGUGCUGUGGUUCGUGGUCUGCAUUUAACAGCCACCGGGGAUCCUCGGUACAAGAGCAGAGACUCCUGUUGUGUUCCUGGUGCUGUAGCUUACCACCGAAUUUGGAUAUUCCCUGUCGUUUUUUACCGAAGAGAACGCACUUGCUUUCGUUGCGAUUAAGUACCCCAAAAGCGGAACCUCGAUUUGUCUUCAAAGGAGAAACUGGAAAUUUCCUUUUGAAAUUUGCGCUUCCAUUCCCCACGCCUCUCCCCCGACUUCCAUAGUUUUGGUUUAGACAGAGGGGCUUUUUGAACAUCUCUCUUACUAUCUGGUGCUGACGCUACUGCAUAAUGACUUUCUGUUUGUCUGGUUUCCGAAGCUUUCCUAAGGUUUGGAAGAGCAACCCGUAUCUUGGGCUAGGCUCAGGACACUCUGUUUCUCUCCUUACUGAUCGCUAUGUUAUUAGGAACCAACAGAGCUGGUUUUCCCUUACAACAGUGCCUUCACAAAAUACCAAAGCAACGAAUCUGCUGAUUGCCAAGGGGAAAUACCUUAGGAAAAGAUAUCAGGACAGUCAUAAGCCAGUUUCUUCUGAUUUUUCUCAUCUUUUUGCAGCGGGAUCCGCUAAGAAGAGAUCACAGAUGAGUCCUCCGCAUAAAGAUCAUGGCUUGCCACCUCCAAGGAAUACUAUUCAACUCCCAACAAAACCUCUGAAUUCAGAGGAGUGGGAUAAACUUAAAGAAGAAUUCAAAGGAAAGGCGAAUUUUGAAAAUUGGAUCAGCUCACAGCUGGCUCAUUUUCAUAGCUCUGUAGAUGUGGCCAAAUCCCUGCUGGCAUGGGUAGCAGCAAAAAACAAUGGCAUUAUAGGCUAUGACUUACUGGCCAGAUAUUUGUAUCUUUGUGUCUUUCAUAAGCAGACAGCCGAAGUUAUUGAUGUCUAUGAAAUCAUGAAAGUCAGAUACAAGCGUUUAGAAUCUGGGGGUUACAGUCUUCUCAUCCGGGGACUAAUCCACUCAGACAGGUGGAGAGAGGCCUUGCUCCUAUUAGAAGAUAUCAAACAAGUCAUGAUCCCUUCCAAAAAAAAUUAUCAUGACUGCAUCCAGGGAGCCCUUUUUCAUCAAGAUGUAAACACAGCUUGGAAACUGUAUGAGGAAUUGCUAGGUCAUGAUCUUAUUCCUAUGCUGGAAACUUUAAAAACCUUCUUUGAUUUUGGAAAAGACAUCAAGGAUGAUCAAUAUUCAAACAAACUACUAGACAUUCUUUUUUAUCUAAGAAAUAAUAAACUAUAUCCUGGGGAGUCAUUUGCACACAGUAUAAAAACAUGGUUUGAAAGUGUUCCUGGAGAACAAUGGAAAGGACAAUUUACCACAAUCCAGAAAAGUGGUCAGUGUUUGGGCUGUGGGAAAACCAUAGAGUCUAUUCAUCUGAGUGCAGAAGAAUAUGAAUUUCUCAAGAGAAGAAUCAUGAGGGAUGUAAUAGAUGGAGGUGACCAAUACAAAAAGACAACCCCUCAGGAACUUGAGAGAUUUCAGAAUUUUGUGAAAUACCAUCCUCCAUUUGAUAUUAUCAUUGAUGGGCUUAAUGUUGCCAAAAUGUUUCCUAAAGCCCGAGAAUCUCAAGUUCUCUUGGAUGUGGUCUCUCAGCUAGCCAAGCAGAAUCUGCGACUCCUGGUCUUGGGCCGGAAGCACAUGCUGGUGCAGCAUUCCCGGUGGAGAAAGAAGGAGAUGGAACAGGUGCAAAAGCAAGCCAGCUGUUUCUUUGCUGACAACAUCUCGGAGGAUGACCCAUUCCUUCUGUAUGCCACACUGCACUCAGGGAACCAUUGCAAGUUUAUCACAAAAGACCUGAUGCGGGACCAUAAGGCUUGUCUGCCCGAUGCCAAGACCCGACGCCUUUUCUUUAAAUGGCAGCAGGGACAUCAGCUGUCAAUUAUUAAUAGAUUUCCAGGAUCAAAACUAAGCUUUCAGCCUAUUCUCAGCUAUGACACGGUGGUGCAAACAACUGGAGACUCGUGGCAUUUACCAUAUGAUGAAGACAAAGAAAGAUAUUCCUAUGAAGUGCCAACCAAAUGGCUUGCCUUCACGAAACACAUAAAGACUCUUUUUCCCCUGUGCUAAAUAUGUAUUUGGAUGCCCUCCUGGUUGGCAGCAGGAGGUUGAAGUUGAUGUUUGCUUAGGACAUUGCCCUCCAUCCAGAAGAUAAAAGGGUUUUAUAAUACUGUUGGUCGAUAUGCCAACAAAUUGAGUUUUAAUUUAAUGAAAUAUAGUAUCUCUUCAUAA